AUCGGUCUACUGAUAUGGAAAAAGGAGUAGAAAUUCUAAAUGAAAUGGUGCUGCAUAAGGUAAAUGCAAUAUAUAUUUUGUACAUAUACAACUAAUUUUCUAUUUUCUACUAAAUUUAUACAUAGGCUACUAUUAUUGGCUAUGUUCAUGUUUAUUUCAUUCUCACAGAAUGAGACAGUGGCCCUAUUAACUCCUUCCGAACAACAAGAGUUAUGUGCAGCUGUCAUGAAGACAACGCCAAAAGAAAUAGCCAGUGCGAUCACGGGCAUACCAGUUAUCGAGCGAUGUGUGAAAGCAAUUAUACUGGAGAAAAUCGAUAAGGAUUGCAAAAGCCUCUGCUCAAAAAAAUUUGCAUCAAUUCUUCGUACACCAAGAUCAGAGCAUUCUCAGCUGGCGAAAAUAUUUUGUUGGUCAGGUAUUUUGAAUGAGAUGAAGGAAAGAGCUCCUGAUAUUUUAAAUGUAUUAACUACAAUUGCUGCUCCCAAUCUAAUGCUUGAUGGCCGACAAGUACCACCAAUUUGUAUGGCUUAUGCACUUCUGAUGAAUACCAGAAACAGAGAGUUGUCAAUGGUUCAAAAAAUGAAUACUGUAGUCAUUGGAGCUGGUCAUGCAACAGAGAAGACUUUCAGGCGAUUGGGUAAACUUGGUGUCACACAAUCAAGGGACAAUCUUCGCAACCUUAUGGAUGAUGUUGGAAGUGAUUGUGAGUCAACCAUUCGUGAUCUGAUUUUGUUGAAGAAAAAGAAUCUGAGGAUUGUUUUUGAUAAUAUAGACUUUAAAAUCCUGGCUAAUAUCAUCCUGAAAAAUCACCAGAACUCAGAUAUUCAUUGGAUGGCACAGUAUUGCACAUUUGACAGAUUUGCAUCUGAAAAUCUAGAUGACACAACACCACUGGUUAGCAAUAUUGAAAGUUUUGAAAACAAAGAAUAUCUGUUAUCUCAAGAAGAACUAAAUAAACUAAAGUGUGACUUCACAGUACUGGUAUCCAGAGUAUUAGUGGAAUUCUUUCCUUGCUUGUAUUAUUUGCAAAAGAAUGUCUGCAUCCAUAUACCUCACAGGUACUCUAAUGAAAUGGCCAUAAAAUCUACAGUCAUUAGCUUGCCAAUUCUUCCAUUUAAUCAAUCAAAGCAUUCUGAUGUAUGCAAGUAUUUGGAUCAUAUGCAAGAAUUUCUGCUUAAUGUUCACUCUCCAAAAUAUCAGUCAUCCAGUACUGACAAGAAGUGCAGUACAGAAGAAAAGGAAAAGAUUCUCAAGGGGGUAAAUGUACCAUUGUGUGGCGACUUAUUGGGUAGAGAAAGAGUGACAGGAGCUAAGAAAACUAGACUUGGAUGUGAUCAACAAUUUGACAAGUUUCAAAACAUUACUGAAUUUCCAGCACUUUGGCACACAAAGCAAUCUUUUCUAGGGUACAUUUGGGAACAACUAUACAAACCCAGUCCUGUGAGUGGGAGAGAGAUAGGAACUCUGUACCAUCUCCGCCAGUUGUUUCAUAUGACCAAUGUGUAUUCCUCUGUAAAAAAGAACUACAAAAGUGCAGAAAAUCUGAUGCUAUCUGCCACCAAAGCCUACAUUUGCUGUUCAUUCAUGAAGUUUGCGGGUUUGGAUAGUUUGGAAGAUAGUACUCCAUCCAAGAUUGAGCUGCCAGCAGAGAAUGCUAGUAAUAUUUUGAAGGAAACAUUUUUGAAGAAUACCGUUGGCCAAUUUGUUGAUGAAUAUGUUAUGGUUGAGCUUCCUGCUGAAAAAUCAUGGCAAACACAACAGAAAAAACGACUUCAAGCCAAGGAAAAGCUCCCAACAACUUGUACAGUCCCAUCUUCAUUACCAGAGCUUUUAUCAGGUCAAGUUGUAAUAUUGGUCCUCCAAAACACUACAUCUGGGUACAAAGUUAUUGGAGUUGGUAAAGUUGUUAAUGUUGUAAACCAAGACACUAUGAAUGUUUCAGUGCUUGUAAUUUCUAUUGAACCAGAUGCUCAAAAUGUAGGACUAAGAAUCAAUGAAAUUAUCCUGUGGCCACGAAAGCUAAUUGCCAUUCCCAACAUGCCCUAUAAGGAAACCACAUCAAAUACAGAAGAUAAAACAUGUCAGUCAUCAACUGAUUGUGCACCUGAUGAAGACAGACUUUUUAAUUAUGCUUCCCAGUGCAUCCAACUGGGCAUAAUGCUAAUGCAAUUAAAUGAUACAGAAAAAGAAGGGGAUGGUGAGCGAAGUAUCAUUAACUGGAAACUAUUGAUGUUGUACUUUCGUGCCCGAAAGAGAGGCACUAAAUAUGCUUUUGAGGCAAUGCGUGUGAUAACACUCAUCAAAGCUCUUUGUACAGAGAGAACAGCUCAUCGUCUCAUUCAUGGUCAAUUUGUCAAUCUUAAAGGUGGAUUGGGAAAAAAUUGUGCGAAUGACCUUGCAAUGGAAAUGAUGAUCAAGAAUCACAAAGUGAUGCUUAAAGGGAUGUGUGGAAACAAGACCCUCAAGGCUGUUGAAAGAAGUACAAAGGCUUCACAUGGCAUAAAAAAGAUUGUUGAUGCUUAUGAUGAAAUGAACAGUGUUCCACCAGAUUCAACCAGCCAUACCCAUGCCUCUACCAAAGAAGACAUAAUAGAGAUGGUCAGGAUAAUUAAACCUCUCAAUCCAUUCAAACAUACUCCAAAAAGAAAUUUACAGGCAUUUUCAAGUAUGCAACAAAGUCCGCUUAAUAAUCUUGAUACAUCCUUGUUACACACGUGGCUAACAAGACAUAAGAAACGUUUGGCAAGGGAUACGUUAUCAAAUUGUGAUGAUGAUGUUGAUGAUGACAGUAUGGAUGAAGAUUUAGAUUUGGAGAAUGAUGUUGAAGAUGAUUAAGAUUUCAGUGAGAUGUGAGUUCUUUGGCAUUUUGUACAAUCAUGUCAAUAAGAUCAACACUGAAACCAGUGGCCAAGCUCACUCCACCAACACAAGAAGGCCCAGAU